CAUGGAGGAGCCGCUGUGGAGCGCGGACGCGGCCGGCGCAGUGUAUCGCUCCCGCGACCCCGUGCGCAAUCUGCGCCUCCGGGUCCGCAUCCAGCGGCUCACCUCCGCCGGCCUCCUGCUGCAGCAGGGCCCGCUGCCGCCGGCCCCCGGCCCGCGCGGCACCGAGCUCCUCGGCCGGGCCACCCGCGCCGCGCCCGGUACGUGCCGGCGCCCCGGGGGUGCCCCGGAGGCGGCAGCGCUCUCAGCGGCGCUGCCAGAGGUCACCAGCCCCUGUCGCGCAGGUGCCCGGCGGCCCCCGGACGAGGAGGAGGAGGCCGUGGUGGCUUGGCAGGAGAAGCUUUUCAGCCAGUUUGAGGUGGAUCUCUACCAAAAUGAGUCAGCCUGUCAGACGCCCCUGGACCGGCAGUACCACGAGGAGAUCCUGAAACUGGAGAGGGCUGGAGGUCGGAAGAACUAUCGCAUCUUCACCUACACUGAUCAUGACCGAUUCACCAACCUGGAGGAGCACUGCCAGAAAGUAACUGACUCAGCUCAUGAGGUGCCAUCAUAUCUGGCAGAGAGAAUGGCCACUGUGAGGAGGAGAAGACAAGACCGUCGGCCAAUAGAAGGGAGUUCUCUGAAGUCAAAAGUCAUCACCUGGGAGCCCUCGGAAGAAUUUAUAAAGAACAAUCAUGUGAUUAACACUCCUGUUCAGACUAUGUACAUCAUGGGGGACUUGGGUCCUUAUGGAAAGCUUGGUCACAGGGAAUAUGAACAUGUUCUUUGCACAAUCAAGGUAGACAGCAAUGGCGUGAUCACAGUGAAGCCUGACUUUACUGGCACAAAAGGAGCCUACCGAAUUGAGCUGGAUGGAGAGAAGCGAGAGCUGUGGAAAUACACCAUCGAGAAUGCAUCUGUCCAAGUGCAGCAGGAGGAGGAGGAACGAGAGCAGCGUGUGUUUAGAGAUCUGUAUAGUCGGCACAAAGAAUACCUCAGUGGCCUUGUAGGCUCAGAAUUUGAAAUGCCUCUUCCUGGUACACUGCGGCUGUUUGUGAAUGGGGAAGUAGUUUCAGCUCAAGGCUAUGAGUAUGACAACCUCUAUGUUCAUUUCUUUCUGGAGCUGCCUAAAUGGUGGUCGAGCCCAGCAUUCCAGCAGCUCUCCGGAGUGACACAGACCUGUGCCACCAAGAAAGUGGGCAGGGAUAAUGUGGCAUACUUCUGCUACCUGUUUACUUUGGAGAUGUUUUUCACCCAAGAAGAUGAAUCGGAAGACUGUCUUCCUCAGUGGCCUGUUCUUUACUUUGAGGUUCUUUCCUUGGAUUUCUGGCAGAGGUAUCGUGUUGAAGGAUAUGGCUCUUUGGUGCUGCCAGCCUCUCCAGGUCUCCACACGCUUACCAUCCCUACCUGGCGCCCUGUGGAGUUGGGGACAGUCUCUGAGCUGAGAAGAUUUUUCAUUGGUGGAUCUCCUGAGCUGGAGGACCUAACUUAUGUCAGGAUACCAACAACUUUCACGGGCAAACGUCUGAGCCGCCUUGGCUUUCGCACAAAGACAACAGGGAGUGUCACAUUCCGGCUUCACUGCCUGCAACAGUCUAAAGGCUUUCCAGAGGGCACGGCGCCGGAUGCAGGAAGCACGCAAAAGCCUUCCUCAAGAUCUCAUAAGCACCUCUGCCUCCACUGUGCACCAGACACAAGAACCAUGAUCCACCACCUCCAGCCUGGGAGCACUCAGCAGCUUUUCUCUACAAGAAGGACAAGAAGAGUCACGGUCUGGAGACUUUUCAAGCCCUUCCUUUGCCAUUUUCCCUAGAUAGGGGAAGGAGUCUGUAACACAUUAAGCCCCAGAAUCUUUGUGUUUCCACAGAUACUGUGGAAAAACCUCCAUUUUUUCAAGGCAUUUUGUUACCAUGACAUAAUGAUACAGAUAAUUGAUGACACUUGCUGGGCAAACAGAAACACUAAACACUGGAACCAUAAACCCACUUUUUCAAAUAUUGAAUAGUAAAUGACUAUAAAAGUCCAAGUCUACAAUGACUUGGUAAAUAUGCUUUUCUUCUUAAAGAAGAGAGUGAUGUUGAAGGUUAAGGCAUGAACACCAUUUCAGAUUUAAUGAAAUGAAUAGGUAAGUUCUUCAGAAAUGCUGAUAAUAGUUGUUGGCAUUUAUAGAUACAGGUCAGUCAUCAGUAAAAUUAAUCUAUCCACCUGUGCCUUAAGACUGACUCAUUUCUAGAGAACUUUCUGCCACUGUGUAAUACAUGAAAUCAAAACAAAGGAAUGAUAUGUGACAUAAAUUCAGAACUCAAGAAAAGGCUUAAAUUCUGUAUUCCCUGGGCUCUUGCAUCUCUGCAGUUAUUAGUAGAAGGAGCCUUUGUUCAAGGAUACAACUGCAGAACACACAUUCCCCUCAGUUUAUGGCAGAAGUUUGUCUGCAUGGUUUGCAAAGUGCAAAAGCAGAUUGUAACAUUUGCACAGCAACUGAACUUUGAGCUAUCUCUGUUCAGUGUUCCAUUUCUGAUUGCAAUAUGCUACAUCGCUGGGGAAGCAUGUGUCUAGUUUUUACCCUGUUUCUUCUCCUGUUCUUUUCUCAGUUCCUUUUUAUCCUAGUUUUGUUCCUCUCAAGUUCAUAGGUGUGAGGGUAACUGCAGACUGGCAGUGCUGCACUGAUUUGUGCAUGAGUCAUGUUUUCAUGUGUUCUUCCCCUCCACCCCCAGCACAAGGGGUAGGAAGAAAAACCUCAGGCUGAGAUCAUGCAGACCUGAAUAUGUCCGUAAAAUUAGAACUCAUAGGCAGAAUAUGAAAUAUGAAAUGGUCUUCUCCCUCUUGCUUUGCAGCUUUCCUCUUCGGUAGGAGUGUGAGAUUGAUGGUUGCAACCAUGUUUAUGACUGUUAAACACCCUGCUCUUCUCUGGUAUUCUGUUGGUUUCCUUAGUCCAUUAUUGCCAUUUUGAUCUUGUCCCAGCCUUCACUGGGAAAAGCGAACUCUUGAUUUUUUCCCUUCUUGACCUUUGUUGUAAUUCCUAGAUCUAUAUGGUGGCUUGAAUGUACACGGCAAUUAAUGGAAGAGGAUUUUUGCUCACCUUCCUCUACCUCUGCCCCUUCUUUUUGAUCAAAGAGGCUGCCAGCAUGUAUUAGUGUGGCCUGGGCUAGAGCUGGAUGAUGCUUCUCAUGCCUGAAUCUUGUCUCCACUGAUACUUUUUGGUGUGAUGUGACUAUAUAAAGUAUUAUGGCAGCAAAGUCAAGCACUCAGUUCUAGAACAGCAGAAUUGAAUGGUCUUUAAUGAGGCUAUCACAUUUCACAGACACUGAUGCACUCCGUGCUCAGGUGUUCAGUGAGUAUGUAGCAGGUCAGUGUCUCUUUUUUUCAUCAGAAUUCAUGUCAUAGCUGUGUAAGUUUACUGAAUAUUAUGUAAGUAAUAUGUAAUUUCCUUCAAGAUGUUUCCGUUGUGUUUGUCACUAAAAGCUGAAUUUCAUGUCUCCAAAGCACUUUUCAGGAGCGAGUUACAAAGUAAGAGAAUAUUUUAUCAAUAAAGUAACAAAACAGCUGUUUCCUUAAGACAGCACUGAGGAGGGCAGACACUGAUAGAGAGUGGAAUCUUCUGAUCAGGAGAUCAAAUUCCCAUCUUGUGUUCAUUGCUCAGAGCAUGUAUGUGACAGAAUUUGUUGGUUGACUGUUAAGGUUACACUGAGAUGUAAUAAGGUUUACUUACUGAUACUAUUUUUGUUAGUUAAAACUCUGAUUAUUAUUAUGUUAAAAUCUUACAGAAUCUUAGAGAAAGUCACAAGUUUAUUGAAAAAAAGCUCAAGAGGGGGAAAUUUAAAAAUAAAACAUUAUAAUCGAAUAAGUACUCUUCCAAAGCAAGACCUUGUUAGCAAUUUCUCUCCUUCAUACUCACAGCUUCCUUAGCUCAAGCCAAGGAAAUAAAUGUCAGAAAAGAGA